UCUUAACGACUCAUCGUUUAUCGCUUCGCGUCGAACGCACACCUGACACCACACCCGUAAAUCAAAGCUUGAACCAUGGAAGCUUAUAGAACCACCGCGAAGGCCUCGUCCUUAAGAUGGCAAAUCCUCCGCCAAGCCCUUCUUCGUCGUCCUCCUCCGCUAAUCUCCGAAGAAAAAGAAGAAGGAGAGCAAUCUGAAACGAGCAUUAAGCGCAUUUCAAGGAAGGCAUCGCAGGGGUUCAACUUGAUUCCCUGCCACGUAGUGGAGGACGACGCCGUUUUAUCUUCGGGCUCUUUGAAGCGCCCCGGCCACGCUAGAGAGGCUCGCGUGUGCUACACGUUGCCCAUCGACGGAGCUCCCAGGCUUUUCCUCACCCAAAGAGUGGACGAACGUGCUGACCUUGGUGAUUUUGAGAUCUGCAAUAGAUACAAUGUUGACAACACUGGGCUUGUUUGUCAUUGGCCUUCAGAAGAUGUACUUGCUUACUUUUGCUUAUCACAGGCAGACAUGUUCAGGUAUAAACGAGUUAUUGAGCUUGGAUCAGGUUAUGGAUUAGCUGGUUUAGUUAUUGCAGCCAUCACCGAGGCAUCAGAGGUUGUGAUAUCAGAUGGAAAUCCUCAAGUAGUGGAUUAUAUUCAGCGUAACAUAGAUGCCAAUACUGGAGCAUUUGGUGCUACAAGAGUGAACUCUAUGGCAUUGCAUUGGGAUCAAGAAGAAAUAUCAAAUCUUUCUAAUGCUUUUGAUGUCAUUAUUGCAAGUGACUGCACUUUCUUUAAGGAAUUCCACAAUGGCCUUGCUCGAAUCAUCAAGCUCCUGUUGAAUAAAGCGGGGCCCUCUCAAGCCAUAUUUUUCAGUCCUAAAAGAGGCAAUUCAUUGGACAAGUUUCUUGAGACAAUUGACCAAAAUGGCUUGUUUUUCAGCUUAACAGAGAACUAUGACCCAGAAGUUUGGAAGCGUCAUCAGGAAUUCAUGGAUUGCAAAAACUCCUCCUGGUCCAGCUACGAAAGGGACCACUGCUAUCCGGUAAUGGUCAGAAUUACAAUAUGAACUUUCUGUGGCUGUUUUCCCUUGUGUUCUACAUAUUUUGUGGACUUGUUAAGUUCUUGGCCAGCUUUUUCUAUUGUUAGUUUGCCCUUGUGUUAGGCAUAGAUUUUGUUAUUAUUCCCAGGAUGCAGGAAAUUUUCCCUAUAAGUAUGGUUUGUUAGGGGUACUGCAGGUUUUACUACAAAUCUUUACAAACUGACGUGACAAUUCACGUUGCAUUUAUGUGGGCUAUCAUGUCAUUCACUAAACAAUUAAAUUUGCUUGUCAAAUUUUGUUGCUUAGUUUUUCACCUAUGUUGUGCCACGUGGUAUUCAUGUGAACUAUCACGUCAAUUUGUAAGUGAAUUAUAGUAAAAGUUGUAGCACCCCAACUAUUUUCCUUGCCAAUAAAGAAAUGCAUACAAAUACUACAUUUGAUUGAUCUA